CCGGGUUUCAUGCAGCAGAGUCCAAGAUGGUGGCGCUCUGGGUUCGGAGGGAUGGCUCGGCGGCGGCCGCGAGGAGGCUCUUGGUAGCCGCGUGUCUGUGCUUGAGCAGCCGCUUUCUUCCCCCGGCAGACGCCACAGGCCAGGCGGAAAGCGGCGGCGCUCCUGCUGCGGCGAGGCCUCACCGGCGGUUCGAAUACAAGUACAGCUUUAAGGGUCCGCACUUGGUGCAGCCGGACGGAUCGGUGCCCUUCUGGACGUAUUCGGGCAAUGCUAUCCCCAGUACCGAUCAGAUCAGAAUAACUCCUUCAUUAAAAAGCCAAAAAGGAUCUGUAUGGACAAAGAGCAAAUCCAUAUUUGAAUACUGGGAGAUUGAAGUAACCUUCCGAGUGACUGGAAGAGGAAGAGUGGGAGCGGAUGGAUUGGCCAUCUGGUAUACUGAAGGACAAGGAUUAGAGGGCCCAGUUUUUGGUGCAGCAGACAACUGGAACGGUGUUGGCAUCUUCUUUGACUCCUUUGACAACGAUGCAAAGCUCUCAGUGGUUGAUGGUUCCACACAAGCAUUGGCAUCAUGUCAAAGAGAUUUUCGUAACAAGCCGUAUCCCGUCCGUGCAAAGGUUGUUUACUAUCAGAGGACACUAUCUGUAUUAAUAAACAAUGGCUUUACUCCAGACAGAGAAGACUAUGAGUUUUGUGCCAAAGUUGAAAACAUGGUGCUGCCUUCUCAAGGGUACUUUGGCAUCUCUGCAGCAACAGGUGGCCUCGCAGAUGACCAUGAUGUUUUAUCAUUCCUGACAUUUCAGUUGACAGAGCCUGGCAAAAUGACGCCUCCACCAGAUGCAGAAAUUGCUGAAAAGGAGAAAGAGAAAUAUCAAGAAGAGUUUCAGCAUUUCCAGCAAGAGUUGGACAAAAAGAAGGAGGAAUUUAAGAAAGAGCAUCCAGACAUGCAAGGCCAGCCAAUGGACGAUAUCUUUGAGACGGUGAGUGAUCGUGAGCUGAGACAGAUCUUCGAAGGCCAAAAUAGAAUUCAUCUGGAAAUAAAACAGCUCAACAGGCAAUUAGACACGAUUCUGGAUGAACAGAGAAGAUACGUCUCUGCGGUAACAGAAGAGAUUUCCAAAAAAGGGUCAAAUGUCCCUGGCCAUCAAGGGCAGGCUCCCCAGUUAGAACUUGACAAUAUCGUAAAAACUCAAGAAGAGGUUCUGAGAAAAGUUGGGGAAAUGAAAAAUUCCAUGGGGGAAACCCUGCGGCUAGUCAGUGGCCUUCAGCACCACCCAGGUUCCUCUGGUGGGGUCUACGAAACUACCCAGCAUUUCAAUGAUAUUAAGGAACAUCUCCAUGUCGUAAAGAGGGAUAUUGAACAUUUAGUCCAGAGGAACAUGCCAUCAAAUGAAAAACCUAAAUGUCCAGAGUUGCCACAAUUUCCAUCAUGUUUAUCGACAACGCACUUCUUUGUAUUUGUAGCAAUCCAGACGCUACUCUUUAUUGGUUACAUCAUGUACAGGAGUCAGCAAGAAGCAGCCGCAAAGAAGUUCUUUUGAUGGCCCCUCUGUUGUGCAUUCCAGAGGUGCAUGGAAAGCAUUGCACUAGUUGGAGAGGAGGGAAGGAAUCCUUAGUGUUGAAAAUGCUUCAAUAUUUUAAAUUAUUGAGUUCUUUUUUAAUCAAGUACCGUGAAUUAUGGAUUGCGGUGUAAUAAAAUGGACAGAUUCCAAGGCAGAAAAGAGGUAAAUUCUGUCUUUUGAGUAUCCAGGAGAGAUGGGUCGAUGGGGGGAAAAAAACUUUACUUCAUUGUCAAAAUACAUCCCAAGUAGGGUCUUGGCCCAGGAGUAUAUCUCACACUUAUUUUUACAUCCUUAUUUGGGGAGAUCAUGGAAGGCAGAAAGACUUGCUGUAUAAUAUUUGUUGUAUGUCUCAGAGAAGAGGGGAAGCAGGCAGGCAAGCAGGCAUUGAGGUUCUGAAACUGCAUUCCCCUUUAAAGCUAUAAGAGUUUACAAAAAAAUAAAAAUAAAAAUCAUGUAACCUUGUGGGCAGCAUUAGAUAAGCAGAGUUAGAUAUUGCCGAUUCAACUUUAAAAAAAAAAUCUGUUGAAACAGUGACAAGCAGGAAUAUGGAAUGAGGAAGUUUGUAGAACAGCUCAGUUCUUAAUGGUGCAAUUUUUCUGUAUAGAAAAAGGUAGGCGGGAACAAGCUCUUUUUAGCAUGUUUUGAUACAGUUAUUUGUAUUCAUUGUAUUCACAUCGAUCAUAACUUUUGUAAAAGUGUUUUUUAAACUCUCUUCAACGAAGAGAUCCUAGCUUGCAUGAUCUUGAAAGUCAUCUGACUUGGGAGAGAAUAUGAGACAGCAGUGAUCUUCAAAAUGUAUCAUUGAAUGUUAAAAAUCAAACCGACCUUGCAUUGUGUUCUUCAAAGUGGUCCUCUCCAAACCAGGGAUAUUGUGUGUAGACACUGAUGGCAUUGUUAAAAAAAAAUUCAGGCUUGUUCUGCUUUUGUUGAACCAGUAUUGUUCUUCAUUCUCAAGUAUUCUUAAGUCUUAGCCACUAAUUAUGUAAUCCUUCUUAAGGUUGUUCCAGAACAGCCAAUGUGAUUUUACUCUGCCCUGCAUUUUGCCUAUAUAGUAUUGACUUGAAACUUCAUUUUUACGCACGUAGAAAUCCUAAUAGAAUAGUUUUCCCAAAUUGCCAAGUGCUCAAAUUCCUCUAAACUUAAAAUAUUAAAAGGUGAGCAAUGUUCAUUGUAUCCAGUAUUACAUAUUUUGAUGGCAUUGUUUGCAGUUUUGAGAAACAGAACAAAUCUAUGCAAUUCUCUCCCUUUAAAGAUUUUGGCAGCGUUAUGUUAGGAUUCAUAAACAGGACGUUUUCCACCAAGUUUUGAAAAACAAGUAACUAAAGAAUACCUUCCUACAACUCACAGUUGAGGACAAAUAAGCAGACUUUAUUUUUCUCAACCCAAAUCAUUCUAUUUCACACCAGCAAAUAUUUUUACAGGUGCCUUGGACAAAUUAAAACCAAAUGUAUGUUGUAAAAAUGGUCUACUAAAUCAAGGGUUUGUGCGAUUAGAGUUUUCAUGAAAGAAGACACUGCUUUCUUUUGUGCAGAAAAAAGUGGAUUCUGUUGCAUUAUUUUUCUUUGGAAUAUGCUUGGAUCAUGAUGCAAAUCUUGUAGAUAAACAUCUAUAUUUUCUUUCAACACAAUGUGAAUCUACCCAGCUGAGAAUUAAAAUAUUGAAGCAAUCA